AUGGAGCACGCCCGCCUCCUCAUCCGCACCAUCGUCCGCGCCUUCUACCAGACCGAGCACGUCGUCGUCAUCGACGCGCUCGACAUCCAUAAAGCCCUCACCCUCUCCGACCUCGCCCUCAUAGUCGACAACACCAAAAACACCAAACCUCUCGGCCGCACUCUCGGUCUCCUCCGCACCGCCGGCCUCAUAUCCGUCUACGCACGCUCCGAGACCCGCCCCAACGCCCUCAAACCCACCACCCGCGAAUACUUUUACAUCGACUACCGGCGCGCCGUCGACAGCGUUAAGUUCCGGCUGUACCAGCUCGACCUCGCGAUCAAAGCGCUCGCGAAGCCCGGUGGCGCCGAGAAGAAGGAGUUCUGGUGCCGGCGGUGCGGGGCCGAGUAUUCCGCGCUGGAGGCGCAUGAUCUGAUUGAUUUUGAGACGGGAUCGUUUCGCUGCGCGAGAUGCCAGUUUGAGCUUGACGAGCGGGAGGAGGAUGGCGGGGUUAAAGGGGGUGAAGACGACGCGGUGGCGGCGUUCAACAAGCAGGUUGCGGGCCUGCUCAAGAUCCUGCAGCGCGUGGACGAGAGCGUCGUGCCUGUCGUGACCGGGGAGAUGGCCGUCGCGAAUAUGGUACCCCUGCCCCGCGAUGAGAGCCUCAACCCGACGGUCCAGAUGGAGGUGUUUGACCCCGCGCGCGCGGUCAGGCCGACGGCGGUCAAGGGCAUGGCGACGGGGCCGGAGAAGUUCGAUCUGGCCAUCACGACGGACGCGGAGAUUACGGCGCAGGAGCUUGCGGCGAAGGCGGAGAAGAAGGCGAGGAUUGCGACGCAGAAUUUGCUGCCGAGCUGGCAUACGAACAGCACGAUUACGGGCGAGGCGGUGGUCGGGGCGGUCAAGGUCGAUGAGGACGGGGCGACGCCGCUGAGGGGCGAGGACGCGGACGAUGAGGAUAAGAAGGGCGGUGAGGGAGAUGCCUACCUAGAGGAUUAUUACCGGCAGAUGAGGGAGGAGGAGCAGGCGAUAAAGGCGGCCGAGGAAGAGGCGGAAGAGGAGGAUGAGGAGGACGAGGACGAGUUCGAGGAUGUUAUACCCGGUGGGCUGAACGGUGUUACCAACGGUUCUCCUGCUGGACUUCCCGCAGCAGAUGAGCCGGACGCGAAGAAGGCCAAGGUCGAGAUUGAGAAGCCCGCUGUGCUGGCUGAUCGCGAAGCUGCGGCGUCUGUCCCUGGGCUAUCCGCACCAGCGCCUGCUCCAACACCGACUGCGGAGGAGUCCGACGAAGACGAGUUCGAAGACGCGUUAUGA